AUGAGUGUUGGAGCCAUACUCAUGUGCUCUUCGUUUAGUCUGGCGCAGAUGUUUGUUGGCCGCACCGUUCUGGGAAUUGGCAACGGUAUCAACACAUCCACCGCCCCGAUCUGGGAAACCGAAACUGCUCCUGCACAUUGGCGAGGCAAAUUGGUCAUGUUCGAGAUGAUGAUGAAUAUCGCGGGAUUCUCCCUGUGUAACUGGAUUAACUAUGGCCUGUCGUUUGCUGGUGGUGCCGUUGCAUGGAGAUUCCCCCUUGCGUUCCAAUUUGUCUUUAUUAUUGCGCUGUUUGCCACGGUGCCCUGGCUUCCUGAGUCUCCCAGGUGGCUGAUGGCACAUGGACACGAGGCCGAGGCAACCAAGGUGUUGUCUUGCCUUGAGGCGAAGCCUCAGGACGACGCCUUCGUCAUUUUGCAGAAGGAAGAGAUUCGAUUCAGCAUCAAUUACGAGCGGGAGCACCAGAUUAGAUGGCGAGAUCUUUUGCGGCCGCAACCCGAGGCGACCAAACCACCACGCCGGCUUGUUUCAGGAGCUAGCACCCAGUUCAUACAACAGUUUGAAGUUACGCUUGUUGAGAAAUGGGGCCGCAGGGGGUUGAUGUUGAUUUCCACUGCGGGACAGGGCUUUGCAUUCCUGAUCAUCACUAUUCUUCUCAGAUUCGGCGAAGCGGGAGGUAACCGGAAGGCAGCAGAAGGAUCCAUCGUCUUCUUCUUCUUAUACUACAUCGCUUUUGGUUUGGGCAUGCUGGGAAUUCCCUGGCUUUACCCCACUGAGAUCAAUUCCAUCGCCAUGCGCACAAAAGGUGCCGCUGUAGCAACUGCUACGAACUGGAUCACGAACUAUGUCAUAGUUCAGAUCACGCCGAUCGGGAUUCAGAACCUUGGGUGGAGAUUCUGGAUUGUCUUCACAGUCUUGAAUGCUGCCUUCCUGCCUAUCAUUUGUCUCUUCUACCCGGAGACAGCCAAUCGCACACUGGAGGACCUCGACGAGUACUACCGCAAUAACCCGCCACUGAUUGUGAUUGGCGAUAAGGACGCCAUUACAAGCAAGAGACCUCAGAAGUACUCCGAUCACGAAGAAGCUCGGAUUGAACGUGUUGCCCACGAAGAUGAUUCCACUGACGUGGCAGAAAAGAAGAUGUCGCAGAGCCAAACACAACAUGUGGAAUAA